AUGGACGUCCUGCCACCAGCUCCAUCGCCUUCGGCCAGCCCUUCGAGGCUAGCCAUGGCCUCACCGCAGCGCCUUCGCCGAAGCCUGCGACUCUCGGGCGCUUCUUCUUUGUCAUCGCCCGUGCGUGAUCUCAACAAGGAGAAUCUGGGCUUCGCAUCUAACACACAGCCCUCCAGCUCUGCAAAGACACCCGCCAUCGGACUUACCGACGAUGCCAAGCACAGCAGCAGUCCCUUGUCGGGCUCCCCGCUGGCGAGCAGUUCCCCUCAGCACUCUUCGCCCGUGCGCGCACGAAGCUCACCAACUCGGCAUCGUUCGCCUCUGCGCCGCCGCUUGGUCGGCCCUUCCGACGACUUCGUCUCUUCCUCGGACGAAUCCGAUGACUCGGCCGUCGUCUUCUUCGGAAAGCCUUCGUCGGCCGAAAAGAAGAAGCGCAUCCACUACGAGCAGCGCGUGCUCGAAAAGCGUCUCAAGCACAAGGACAGCCUCGUCCUCACACGGCGCCGUCCCAUCAGCUUCAAUCCAGACGACACCAUGCUCGUCGACGAUCACCUCGACUACGGCUGGUCCGCUUCCGGUCCGGCGCCUACCCCUUCCCGCUCCGUCUUGCUCAAUUUCGACGCUGUGGCCGAAUCGCCUGCUAGCCCCGUCUCUCCUACGCGAAGCAGGCGGAUCAGCUCGCUCCCUUCCAAGUCUCCCUCCGCUUCUCCCUCUCGGACCCCAGAUACACAGCCACCGGCAGGCGAGCCAGACGAGGACACCCUGACCGCAGAGGUCCAAACGCUCACAACUCCAGCUGAGCGUCAAGAUUCUCCCUCUGAUCCAAAGUCACCGCAGCGAGCACCAAAAACUGAUGUCAAGGCUGACGAGGGACACCAACAGCGACCAUCAGAAUCACCAUGCGGGAAUGCCCGCCAAGUCAAUCCAUUUGUGGAGGCGCAGAAGAGUCCUGCAAAGAACUCGGCCUCCCACAGCCCUGCUAAGCAGCUGAACAAGUCCCCUCAUCGCAACCAAAGCCCAAUCCGCUCGGUCGAGACGCUCAUCGGUGCCACCAUGUCCCAGAAUCGCGAGGCUCACUCUCCUCAACGCUCGCCGCGUCGAUCACCCAGGCUCUCGUUGCGUGCCUUGCAGCUCUCCACCUCGCCCACUAAGCUCGGCUCUCAACAGCUCGCAUUUGCCUCGCCGUCGCCAUUCCAGCACGCUCUCCCACCCGUGCAGGCUACCCCCUCCCAGCAAUUGGCCUCCACCCAGCUCGUUCCUCCAAGCACCGGUCUUUCACGAUUUGCAUGUCUCCAAAACAUCUCGUCCAUCAGCCAGCCACCCGAGACGCCCGCAAAUCGCGUCCUCUCCAUGCGACUGGGUCAUCAUGCUGUCGUCCCAUCACCAUUCAUCUCGAGUGGUGCAUUUGCUCCCGUUGCAGAAUCUCCCGCCAAAGCAAUGCAGACACCGCGAACGCCAAGCCGCGCCGAGCCGACGUUCUCGCUGCCCUCUCCUCCCAAGAUGGCUGCGCCCAGCGAGCAACGUGCUCCACCCUCGCCUUCGAAAGCUGCUCCUACUCCUGCCACUCCUUCAGUCAGAUUCGCAGACCCCGAAAGUCGCACAACACCCAGCGCCACAACUCGCCGACAGGAAGACGACGUGACUCUUGCUGCCAGAUCGCCUUCCGCAAAGACAACCCACGCCUCACCAGACCGCACCGGCUCUCCAUGCGCCUCACGAGUUCCACCUCAACCGCUCUCAUCUCCAGUACGCCAAGAGUCUGAGGCGGUCAAUGCCUCGCUCUUGACUCCUGCACGCGAAUCGGUCUCCGUGUCUGAUGCAAACAACGCGUCACCAGCACCCGUCUUCAGGCAGACCGCUCGACGCGUUCCCAUUCAUCAGCACGAAGCCGACUUUGGCGUGAAAGUGUCUCCGGAAAGAUCUCCUAGAAAGGCGUAUACCAACAGCUCUGCCAAGUCGGUCGAUUUCGGUCCCAAACCGGAGCGAAUCCCAGCGCGACGAGUUCAGGUGCACUCCACGGCCGCAGCGCGUACCAACGUCCUCAAGCCCGGCGAAAGGGCGGGGCAGGAGGCGUCCAGGGCUCCCAGCGUCGCUUCCAAAGCAGCGCGAUCGGUCAGCGUGGGAUCGAACAGGUUCGGCAGUCAAGGUACAAGCCUGCCUCCGUCGGCUCUGUCCGGUGCUGCAAAGGCCAUACAGCAUCGACUAGCCUCUGCCCCCGCAGCGGCAGCGGCAGCCGCGCAACCUGCCUCCAGGGGAGUAUCGUCCUCGCAAGGCCCGUCGGUGGCAUCCAAAGCUUCUCGAGGACAAAACUCUGCAUCGGCGAUAUUUGGACACAAAUUGUCAUCGCCGGACAAGCCCGCGCGGUCUGUUAGUGGAUUGCCUCGACCAAGGCCGGCAACCGCAGGAAUCAGCUCUCUCCCAUCCGGAGGCCCUGGCACGCGUCUUCCCCGACCAGCCUCUUCGAGCCAAUCGGCGGGACCCGUACGUCCGACGUCGCGUCCAGUACCCAUGGCGAUCGCAAGGCUUGCACCAUCCCAGUCCGGGCUCAACCGCGUCAAUUCAGGCGCACCAACAGCAAAAGCCGCAACUGCUGCUGCUACUGCUGGUGCGGAGGCAGACAAAUCCAUCGCCAAGUCCGCGACGGUUGUCGAGGACGACCCAGCUGCUCGCACUUCUAGUGCAUUGAAGGCGGGUCCCGCCAGUGAUUUCGAUGCGCCCAGCGAGGCAAGCACUCGAGUGAAUGCUUCGGAGGAUCCAACUCCCUCCGUCACCCUUGCCGCACGGUCCUCACCUGCCAAACCCUCUGUCAACAUGGCGUCGAAAGGAUCGGCUCUCGGCGGUCCUACCAGAGCGAUUGGUCGCAAUCCAGAGCAAGGAGUCGUGCGUUCAUCGAGCCCGGUCACUCUGGUGGCUUCGAGUAAACCUGCGGCUUCGGCUCGUCCACCUCCAGUCAUGCUCGACCCCGAGCAGCAGCGAUUGCGAUGCUUGGCGAUGCAAGAGAAAGCGAGGAAUCGCGCACCCAAGGCCAAUACCACGCCAGCAACUUCAGAGGCGGAAGAGUCGCCCUCUUCAGAGAUCGCCACAGACGGUGCCCAAUCUUCGGAUGGCGCGGACCAGCUCGUCUCACAAGCUCCGCCAUCCGCGACAUCUCGUCCCUUGGCCAACGAGAGGAGCGUCUCAUCUCCGACGGAUGCGUCUGCAGAGAUGCUUCCCGGGACAAGCACGCAGAGUGGACCAGCAGCUACCUCGCAGGCACUACCGGCCACUGCUGUGGCUUCGGCAGCUACAGCUGUGCCAGUCCCGCCCACAACGACUACAGGCCGGCCGCUGCGUUCUGCGCGAAACGCUUCUCGCUCGCUCACACCUUCUGCGACGCGCGUUCCGCCGUCGAGAGGGCGCGCUCUGAGCCUCAACGAUAUCAUCGCCGCGCGCAAGAUCGAUGUGCCGCUUUCCCUGACCGACCAGCUGCGGCUGGCCGACACGGUGCACAAGAAGCACAACGAAAAGACCCUGGCGCGCUACAAGAUCACCAAGAUCCAGAGGCCGUACGAGAGACCACCGAGCCCCGAUCGUCACGACCACGAGCCUGAAGCCUGCAUCAUCACCGACGACAUUAGCAGUCAUCGACUGGGUAAGGGCGAUGCUGCACCCUACUCUACUCCGACCAAGAGGGCGGCUCAGUCGGAUUCCGGUUCGUCGGAGGCGCGCAAGUGCGUGCGCUGGUACCGACCGCUCUUCGUCGGCAAGGGCGCGCAAUACGGCACGCAGAAGUGCGAGAGCAAGCCAGCGCUCAAGCCCAUCCACUAUGAACUGGACCGGUUGGGCAACAAGAUUGCCACGGGCAACUCGCCCAAGCUGGGCAAGGGGCAGUCGAUCAUCAUCUAUCGCAACUACUUCAAGGGCGAAGCCGAGCCUGCCGACGACUAG